AUGACUGGAAGUCGCGAUGGAAGCUAUGUAGGGCGCGUAGCAGCACAGACCAGGCAACCGAAAGACUUGUGGCGAGCCGUGAGCGCGACGGCGCUCCGGCCUACUCCGGCCGCCCGGAAGAAACAGGGAAGACACGGAGAGCUGGAGUUGCGAAUGCGGUCGAGGGAGGGAACAGAAGAGAAGGGUUACGAGAAGACGUGGGAGGUAUGGGUGACUGUGGCGUUGGGGGGGGUUUUAAACCACUUGCUUGAGGCGUUUGGGGACAUGGUCCGAGCUUUCCAUGUGCAGCUUGCGGGAGCGGUAGCGCUCAGGAUUUUGUGUUUGUGCGACUUCGAUUUCGUUCCUGCUGGGACAUAUGCGUCCAUGUUGGCCGGCUCGGGUAGUAGAGAACGGUUAAAUAUCGCAGACUCAGAACGAUAUCAGAAACAGAGACGGAGGCACGAUCCGAGCUCCGAAGGGACGCAAAGGGCGCAAACGCCGCGGGAACGCGUCCCGUACGGUCGCGGCAUCCACAGUCUAGAAAAAGCAAGUCGAUGCACGUCCGUGCUGGCUGGUCCAGACGAUGACGAAGGCGGCACAAGGUGGGGUGUAAAAUGUCAGCUGCAGUAUCAUGCGAUGGAGUAUUCGUGGGCCUCGGACGAGUAG